GCGUGUCCUCUAACCUCGCGUCGGCACGCACACACCCUCCUGGGGCGGAAGGGGGGCUGGAGCCAGUGAUGACGACGUCGCUGGUCCCAGCCAAUCGGCCCCCGUCACUCGCGCGCGUGUUACCGUGCGCGUCCCCGUGGGAGAGAGUGAGAGUGAGAGCGCGCGCGGCCCGGUGCUGCCCAUAGCACAGGAGGUGGAGGAGGAGAAUGGGGGAGAGAGCGGGAACCCGAGUCUUCAAGAAAUCCAGCCCUAACUGUAAGCUGACAGUCUACCUGGGGAAGCGCGAUUUCGUGGAUCACCUCAAUCGAGUGGAACCUGUUGACGGAGUGGUUCUGGUCGAUAAGGAAUAUCUGAAAGACCGCAAAGUCUUCGUCACCUUGACCUGUGCUUUUCGCUAUGGCCGGGAGGAUCUCGAUGUCUUGGGCUUGUCGUUUCGGAAGGACCUCUUCAUCUCCACGUUCCAGGCCUACCCGCCACUGCUGGAGGAGAAGAAGGCACCCACCCGCCUGCAGGAACGCCUGAUCAAGAAACUUGGGGAGCAGGCACAUCCAUUCUACUUCACUAUUCCACAGAAUUUGCCAUGUUCGGUGACGCUGCAGCCAGGACCCGAGGACACCGGGAAGGCUUGCGGCGUAGACUAUGAAAUCCGUGCCUUCUGCGCCAAAUCCAUGGAGGAAAAGAUGCACAAAAGGAACUCUGUGCGUCUGGUCAUCAGGAAGGUGCAGUUUGCGCCAGAGAAGUCGGGACCCCAACCCAUAGCGGAGACCACCAGGAACUUCCUGAUGUCAGACAGGUCGUUACACUUGGAGGCCUCACUGGACAAGGAGCUCUAUUACCACGGAGAGCCCAUCAAUGUAAAUGUGCACGUGACGAAUAACUCCAGCAAGACUGUCAAGAGGGUGAAAGUGUCUGUCCGACAGUACGCAGACAUCUGCCUGUUCAGCACGGCCCAGUACAAGUGUCCGGUAGCCCAUAUUGAGCAGGAUGACCAGGUGGCCGCCAGCUCCACCUUCUGCAAAGUUUACACGCUCACCCCCUUGCUGUCUAAUAACCGGGAGAAACGUGGACUCGCCCUGGACGGGAAGCUGAAACACGAGGACACCAAUCUUGCAUCGAGCACCAUUGUGAAGGAAGGCUCCAGUAAAGAAGUUCUGGGAAUCCUGGUCUCCUACAGGGUUAGAGUGAAACUGGUGGUGUCACGUGGAGCGGAUGUCGCUGUGGAGCUGCCUUUUGUCCUAAUGCAUCCGAAGCCUCCGGAGUCAGUUUCUCGACCUUUGUCCGAGUACCCACAGAUGGAUACCCCUGUUGACACAAAUCUCAUAGAAUUUGAGACAAAUUUCCCUCAGGAUGACGACAUUGUAUUUGAAGACUUUGCCCGCCUGAGACUCAAGGGGUUAAAGGAUGACAAGGACGAUGACGAGGCUUACUGCUAGCCCGGUGGGUGGAGGCUCCGCCCCUUUGCCACAAGUGGAAAGUGUUCCCCUUUCAGUGGGAGCUCCCGCAUGGAUAUACACCCACAGCGUGAAACCAAGAUGGCAGUCUGCGUAUACGUGUGCAUCCAUGUAACAGUCAGGACAGUAUAGUGUAUAUACACAGACCCUCUGUUACGGGGCUAGGCGCCUGUAUACAUAUCUGCACUGCUGUAUGUGUCGGGGUGCAGCGGUCAAUGAUGCUGUUUAUGUACACUUACAUAUAGAUCAGUCUUCUGUGUAUAUGGGUACCAAUAAGUCUGUGUAUACACGGCGUAACGCGAAAUCUGCGGCCAUACACGCGUACAUACAUACUGGGGGGCGGCUGGACGGACGCUGUAUAUAAACAGAGAUCGAGCAGAUUUUUUUUAUGUGAUUACAUAAUAUAUAUACAUAUAUAUAUAUAUAUAUAUAUACACACACAUUUA